AUGGACGGAGAACCAAAUGGCGAACGGUUAGAGUCAGGGGCUACCAAAACGAUGGCCGGUCCAAUCGCGAAGCUGAGACGAAGCAGUCGCAAUCGAGAAUCCUACGACGAGAUCGUGGAACUCGAAGCGAAAUUGCGACGGGCGUACAUCGCCAAGGAACUUCGGGCACAGUUCGCGGAAAGGGAGACCGAGCGAUACAUCGAGAACGUACGAAAACAACACGCUGCGAAAGUGACGCGGCUCGAACAGCAGGCGGCCCUGGCGCGCGAUCAUCGUCGAAGAUCCGAAGAGCUUAAAAAUGCCGAAGAUUAUAGGAGACAGCUGACCGAGCAGAUAACGCGGAAAGAAGAAGAGAGGUGUAUCAUGGCGGAGGAAGCGCGAAGGGAAAGGGAAGUCUUAACGGAAGUCGAUCGAAUAAGGGAACAACGCGAAAAGUUUAAGGCGAAAAAGGCGAAGGAGGAACUGAUGGAGAUCAUGAAAAGGGAGCGUUUAAUUUUUCAGGAGAUGAAGGACAUCCAUCGCGAGGAGGAAAUGGAGGCUGAAGCGAAGAAGCUUCUCGAGUGCGAAAAAUAUUGGGAAGAGAUCGAUCGCCGAAGGCAGGAGGCCAAGAGACUUCGCGAAACACGAACGCAAGACAGGGAACGAAUAAUCGCCGAACUUGCGAGCGCGUUGACGAACGCGGAGAUUUUGAAGCGGGAAAAGGAGAGGCUGAUCGCUGAAUUGAUAACCGAGGACGUAAAAUGUGAACUGUUGUUGAAGGAGAAAGAGGAGAUCGUUAAGAGGGAAAAGAUGAGGGAAGAACUGGCAGCUAAUUUGGAGGAACAGAUCGUUUUCACGGAACAAUGUAAAUUGCGAUACCUAGAGCAGGAUAGAGCAUUCGCGGAAGAAAUCAUGAAGAAGAUUAUGGAGGACGAGAGAACUGCCAGACUCACCGCGGAGGCUAAACGAAGAAUGCAGUUACAGUAUAGGGAGGACUUGGUUCGGUUGAUCGAGAAAAGACGCCAGAUUCGCGACGAAGAAAUCAUCAACAUGAAGAUGGAAGCCGAGGAACGAAGAAGACGCGAGAUGAUUUACAUGGAACACGUUAAAGAAGAGAGGAGACUAUUGUUGGAAAGACACGCGUCGAACGUUGGCGAUUUUCUUAAUAAAAGCGUUUUCACCGAAGAAGAGCAAGAGAUCAUUGCAAAAUCGUUGCAGGAGUCGAUGUAA